GUCUGUAGCCUGUACUAGUGUGUUUUCAAACGAACUGAUAAUAAUACAAUAUACGAAGAGGCUAAAAACCACUUUACAGCACAAAACUUGAAACACGAAUUUAAAAGUUUUCCAACAUAUAAAUAUCUUUGAUUAUGUUUACUUUGAAGAAUAAAUUGUUUUUGUCAUCUAUCAAGCACGCCUAAACUCCUUAACGUCUGAAGCUGGAAAAGUUCAAAUCAUUGGACAUUGGUAACCAAAUAGAAGUCACUUUAUUUUUGUGUCUGAACCCAGGAUAUCUUUUAAACCGCCGAACCGAUUUCUUCGUGUAGCAACUCUAUAGAUCAGAAAUUGUACCUAAAAGGUUCUUUCUUAGGCAAAAAUUUUUAAAAAAUCACCCACUCCCCUUCCAAAAAUACCUCCAAAAAGUGUACAUAUUUUAAAAGCUGUAAAAGCUUACUAUUGGAUAGUGGCAUGCCUAACAAAUGAACCAUCCAAAUUCCCUCCACUCGAUUCGCGGUGUUAUAACUAGUGUUUAUUGCUCUACGUUCAAACUGCUAUAGGUUUUAGCUGAAUAUAAAGCUUACACGAGGAGAAGACAUAGAUAACACAGUUAUAAAAUCAACAAGUUCAACGUCAAAGCCAAAACACACACGACCGUAUUGGAGUAGACGUUUCCGGUCAACAGCUGAAAAAACAAACGUAUUUUUUUAUUUUUCAGUCACUGUUGAAUUUGCGUUUUACGCGCGAGACACAAACAAGUGUGUCAAGUCAAGUACAAGGUGAUUGUGUGGUAAUCGGAUUAAAAAAAAAAAAACAUGUACCGUUUUUUAAAGCCUUUGCGGCCAAGCCAAGCCAAGCCAAGCCGGCCAGGCCUGGCGUGCUGUUUCAUCGUGUCACCGGCCGUUUACUGUAUGGAUUGACAAGGAGUCAUCCGCACCAUGAACGCGUUGCUCUUCAAUGACGGCUGGAUAACUAUGGACAUUUCCAUCAAGGACCCGGCCACACACACUGCGGUGCCCAGUAAAGUACUUUUCGAAGGACCCGUGACCCCGGACAACGUGGACGUGAAACUCUGGCUCAUGUCGGUCAUGUUGAGCUGCAAGUACGCCGAAAUAGUUUGGUGGUACGUGGAAGCGAUACGUCUGAUUUUGGGGGAGGGCCGCCAGGCAACGACACUCGUGUACUUGCGGACGACCCUGCAGAAAAUCAAAAAAAUUCGGCCCCCGCUGAUGCGCAUGAUGAGCGCCUUGACGUUCGUCAACUACACGGACGUGACGGUGACCGUGUCCAAGUUCGAGCAUGAUCUUUGGCUGUUGAUAACGCACAUGGACGCUUUCUAUGAAAACCGCGAGUUCGUUGUGGAGCCGUUACCGCAAACCCUGACGAGGUUUUUCGAUUUGUUGAGCAAACUGAACGAAUCGUUUGAUAGCGCGUUCCAGACGUAUUCACUGACAGUGAUCGAAUUCGUAAGCGGAUUUUGCUACGUUCAGUUCGUGCCAAACAGAGAAAACUUCGAGCAUUAUCACAGACAGUUGCAACCCCUAUUACCACGAAAAAUGGGUCUGUGCGACUUCCUGACUCACUGUACUCGACUCUUCGAUCCAGGAAAACAUAAAAUAUUACUUCAACGACCUCGGUUUCAUAGCUCGUACCUCGUAACCCCUAGGAUUCACUACAGUAUCUUAUUAAGCGACCUACCGAAUACAAACAUUCUCUGCCAUCACUGCCAUCAUUUACUACUCGCUGUUAUUUUUUGAAAUAAUAAUAUCGAAACACUAAUCAAGACGAAAUAAUUAUUAUUUUUAUAUAAAAUUAAAUUAAUUUAAAUAAAAAACU